AUGGAGUCUAUGACUCACGGCGGGCCCGUGAAGGGCGGAACAGCAGCGGCGCUGCAGUCAGCGGCGGACAAGAACGUGCAGGCGGAGAAAGCGGGGAUGAGCGCGACGAUCCGCAUGGGGGACGUGCUGCCGGGGCAGCAGCUGAGCGCGGAGGAGAAGAGUCGCCCUGUCACCAAGGCGGACGCUGCUAGAGCUGAACAGAUGGAGUCUAUGACUCACGGAAUUCCCGUGAAGGGCGGCACAGCAGCGGCGCUGCAGUCAGCGGCGGACAAGAACGUGCAGGCGGGGGUGGUGCCGCCUCGGCAGCAAGAGAAGGCUGAUGCUGCUGCUGGGGCAGCAGGAUUAGGGGCAGCAGGAGGGGCAGCAGGGAAAAAAUGGGUGGAUUAG